AUGGCAAAUGGACUGCUUGAGUAUUCAAAGCAAAAGCAAGAGUGGGAGGAUGUUGGGAGGCGAUAUUUGAAUGAGUUACUGUCAAGGUGCCUCAUUGAGAAGGUAGAGGAUUUCUUCUUUGCUUGUAGAUUUAAAAUGCAUGAUUUGAUCCAUGAUGUUGGAUUAGAGGUGUUACAAAAAGAGUGUAAAACAGUGAAUUACCAAACAGAAAGUGUUGACAAAAAAACUCGACAUUUAUCAUUUUGUGAGGACGGGCUGCUGGAACUUCCACAAAUUUUGAAGAAAUUAAAAAAUGUUCGAACGGCAAUUGCGCCAAAGGUUUCAAGGGAACCAAAUACUAUUGGUGACUCUUUUAUCAAUUUAUGUGUCUCAAAUUUCAAGCAUCUACGGGCACUUAAUUUAAGUGGUUCAUUAUUGAAGGCCUUACCAAAUUCCAUUGGUACCUUGAAGCACUUACGAUACCUCAACUUGAAAGGAUGUCGCCUAAUACGGGAACUUCCUAGUUCUUUCUAUGGGCUACGGAGCUUGCUAACGUUAAAAAUGACUGCUGUUCCUUUGAUGCAGUUGCCUGACAGCGUGCAAAGCUUGAUUGAGCUUAGACAUCUAGAAAUAACUAUUGAAGCUAAGCGUUUGAAAGAAAUUAGACCAGGAUGUUGGAGUUCUCUUCAAUACUUAAAGUUGGCUAACUGUGAGAAGUUAAAAUGUUUGUUUGAAGGAAUGCAGUGCCUGACAUCACUUCGAACACUUUAUCUGCUUUAUUGUCCUAAACUUGUCUCAUUGCCACGAAGCCUGAAAUUCCUAACCAAAUUAGAAGAACUUUACAUUGUUCAUUGUCGUAAAAUCAAUUUACAAACGGAACCGGAAGAGGAAGAAGACAAAGACCUUCACUUGAGCCUUAAAACUUUCAGAGUAUGGGGGUUAGCUGCAUUGACAUAUUUGCCACGAUUGCUGUUCGAAGGAUCUUCUACCACCUUGCAGCAUAUAGAAAUUGAAUUCUGUUACAAGCUUGAGGUUCUACCAGCGUGGCUACAAAAUCUCACAUCACUUCAUAAACUUGAGAUCCGUCGUUGCCGAAGUUUGUUAUCUCUUCCGGAGGGAAUGGAUCGCCUCACUGAACUUAGACAACUAAAAAUUGAAAGAUGUCCGAUCUUGAGCGAAAGAUGCCGACGAGAUGGGGGUGCAGAUUGGCACAAAAUUGCACAUGUCCAAGAGGUUGAUAUCAUAGAUGAUUAGAGGUAUAUAAUUUGGAGCUAGCUUCCACACAGAAUAACAAGCAGCCAGCAGAUCUCAUGAUGGAUGAAUCAGCCAAAGCUUGCAGGCCAUGGAAAUUUUUACCCUGUUUGUUUGCAUUAGAUUUCAGGUUGUGGAUUGUAAUUCUAAAAUAU